AUGAUAGAUGAGGUCGAGAGCGUUGUGUUCCUGAGGUCAUGUCUCAUCGUGCCGGGAGAGGUGCCAUCUAUACUUGAUACAGCGUUUCUUCCUCCAUUCAAGAAAGGCACAGACUCUAAGGCAGGCUUCGGCUUCGCGUUCGGCAACCACGCGGACUUCCAGGUCGUGUUGGAGCUGGGACCCCAGAUUAACACAAUGCCUUUAACCAGUCAACCGUUUCCUAAAAACAGUAACUCGAACAAGAUAAGACAAGCUCCGGUGUUAGCAACGAUGAAAAUAGACAAUAGGGAAAAGAAUGUCGAAUCAGACGCUGGAAACUACCUCCAAAACUGGGCACAGAGGAUGAAAUCAAAACAAAAAAUAGUCAGACAAUUGGAAAAACCUACUGACGUACACAAUCUGGAAGAAACCAAAGUGGAAUCAGUUAAAAAUGAGAAAAAAAGAUAUGAAAUACAACUACCAAAACCAGGGUACAUUGCACAGUUCAUUCUGGAGAGCUUAAAGAAAAUCUACGGCCAGAAUAAAAAAGAAGCGAAGAAGAUGGUAGAAGAAAAGAGAAUUAAAGAUGUUAAGAAGAUAACAGAAGAUUUGUCUAACGUUGAUAUGGAUUGAUUGAACCAUUUGUUAUGGGUUUUUUAUUUUUUGUUGUUUCAUUAAUACUGUUUCAAGUUUGGAUUUUUUGGAAUGGCAGUUAAUUUAAAACGUUACAAAGUAUUCUUUAUGUAUACAUUA